CUACUUCUUCUUUUUCUUUUUAUAUGAUCGAGAAACUGUUUUACCGACGGUGAUAACAAAGGAAAGAAAAAAAAAAAAUUAAAAACAAAUAAAUAAAUAAAUAAAUAAAUAUCUAACAUAUGUAUGUGUGCAUUCAAAGUGAAAGUUUUCAAUUAUUGAAAAUUGGAUAAAUAAAAAAAUUCGAUGUUACCUGUAAGCCCGAUAAAUCGUUUGCUCGAAUUAAGUUUACGUUUCAUUGGAUUAUGGCCCGAUUAUAAUUACGCCAUAGUUCAUCGUAUUAUUUGGAUAUUUACGAUGUCUAUCACAUUAAUAUUUCAAUUUUGUUAUCUAAUAGAAAACUUACGUACAAGCGAUUUACCAGGUUUGAUGGAUUGUUUAAGUAUUACCAUAUCUAACAAUUUAUUAUUUAUUAAAUUAAUAAUACUUUGGAUUAAGAACAGAGUAUUCAGAGAGAUUUUAACAAUGAUGACGAACGAUUGGAAAGAGUGCCUAAUCGAAAAAGAAAAUGUUGUAACGAUGAUGAAAAAAGUGAUAUUAUCACGUCGUUAUUCGAACUUUUUCGUUGGUUCUUAUUCCUUAGGGGUAACAUUCUUCCUUUCGUUUGCUCUAUUUUCAAAAGAAAAACAGCUGUUACUUAAAAUGGAAUUACCAUUCAACGUUAUGAUAUCACCGAUUUACGAGCUCGUCAAUUUUGCACAAUUUCUUGAAGAAUUCAUAGCUGCCUCUACGUCGGGUAUGACGAACGCUUUACUCGUGACCUUGAUACUCCAUGUAGACGGUCAAGUGGAAAUAAUUUGUAAAAAAUUUUCAGAAAUAUCGAAAAUGGCGAAGAAUCAUUUGUCCUGUAAAAAAACGUUCGAAUCAUUGAUUAAAUGUCAUCAGAGGGUUAUUACGUUCGUUGGAAAUAUCGAAAAUAUAUUUACUUACAUUGCAUUGAUGCAAUUUCUUUCGAAUACUUUGGUGAUCGGAUUAUUGGGUUUUUUAAUCGUCACGUCACUAGAUUCUGAACAAAGGUCCGUCAUAUUGGCUAGGACAAUUCCCUAUUAUAUUCUAGUGAAUUUGGAGGCUUUCGUUCUCUGUUUUGCUGGGGAAUUUAUCAGAUCCAAGAGCAUAGCCAUCGAGAAAGCAGCUUAUGAAUGUAAUUGGUACGAACUUGAUCCGAAUGAAAGUAAAUCUUUAUUGUUCUUAAUGAUCAGAUCUCAAAAACGAUUUAAAAUCACCGCGGGCAAAUUUAUGGAAUUAUCAUUGGAAGGAUUCGCACGAUUGUUAAAAGCCUCAGCCUCAUACGUCUCUGUACUUCAUGAAAGAGAGAGAGAGAGAGGGAGAGUGAGACAGAGAAGAAAAAAAAAACAAAAAGAAAGAAAGAGAAGACGAAGAAGAGAUAAAAUGUUGACAAGUACAAUCGGUCCAGCUGUACAAUUAGGAUUACGUUGUGUUGGAGUAUGGCCUAAUUCUAUGAUGAUAUUUCCACGAAUCUUUUGGAUCGUGACAGUAUCCCUCGUACAAACUUUUCAAUUUCGUUAUCUAUUUGCACAUUCGGGAUUCAUGGAACUUAUGAGAAUAAUGGAUAGCGUCAGUCUUACUUUGGCAUACACGAUUACCAUCUUGAAACUCUUCGCUUUUUGGAUUAAUUAUAACACAUUCCACGAGAUCUUGGAAAUGAUGAAAAAUGAUUGGGAGAGAUCUAUGGACAUUAAAUGUGGCCAUAGCACUAUGACAAGUAAAAUAAUAUUGGCUCAUCGUUUUUCGAAUUUAAUUAUCAGCGUUUAUUGCAUUUCUGCAUUCUUUUACGCAACUGGUACAUUCAUUAUCGGCGACAGUAAUUACGACGAGGGCGAGGAACGUGAGCUUUUACUGAAGAUGAUUUUACCUUUUAACAGCAACAAGUCGCCGAUAUAUGAAAUUGUUAUAAUAACGCAAUUUUUUCAUCAACUUUUAACAACAGCUGUGGCAGCCGUUUUGAGCUCUCUGAUUGUUGCACUGAUACUACAUCUUGGUGGUCAGGUUGACAUACUCUGUGAAAUGUUAUUACGCAUGAAUGAAAAGGACAUAGAAGGAAAUUUGUCUCUGACCAUAUUGAAAACAGCGAUUGCAAAACAUCAAAGGAUCAUCCUAUUCUCGGAUAAUAUAGAAUCCCUUUUCACAUACUUCAGUCUCAUGCAAUUCAUGUCUAAUAUACUUAUCAUUUGUUGUCUUGGCUUUAUGAUCGUUACCUCAAUCAGCGAGGGAGAAAUCGAAGCGGCGAGGCUGACAAAGUCGAUACUAUUCUACGUGGCGAUCGUGAUCGAGGCCUUUGUCAUCUGCUUUGCAGGAGAGUACGUCACUGCCAAGGGUAAAUUAAUCGGCGAUGUUGCAUACGAAUCAAUAUGGUACGAUUUAAGGCCAAACGAGAGUCGAUUGUUACUAUUGGUUAUAUUACGAUCGCAAAAGAAAUUAACUAUAACGGCUGGAAAGAUAAUCGAACUAUCAUUGGAACGUUUCACUGCUAUUAUAAAGGCCUCGGCAUCAUACGUGUCCGUUCUUCUUGCGAUGUAUUAAUCAGCUGAUAUUAAUAAUAAUUAUUACUACGUAUGUAAUAUACACAUAUAUAUAUGUAUAUGUAUAUAUAUAUAUGUGUGUGUGAGCGUGAAUAUGUGCUCAGGUGAUGUUUUACAAAAUCUAAUUAUGUAUCGUCUAAAUUAUGAAUUUAAUAGUCGUAUUUAAUUUUCAUUUGAAACAAAGGAAAAGAAAAAAAAAAAAGAUAAUAAUGCAAAUACUUUGAUUACAAAAUGUUACAUGGAUUAUUACAUUAGAUAUUUCCUGUAGAAAUAUUUAUAACGUUUGAAUAGAUCGUAGAUAAAAUUGAAUCUUAUUAUUUUACUUCUUCUUUUUGCUUUUUUUCUCUUUUCCUUUUUUUUUUUUC